AUGACGGGCUCGCUGGACACCGGUCCACCCCGGGGACUGGGAAACGGCCCCAGGGUAAAAACCAUCUGGCGAACCAAGCAUUUAAUUACCGCCAUUCUUUUACUCGGAUUUUUGACCUCGACUGAAAGUGGGCAUCUACCCUCCGUACCACAGUACCGCGUCGACCUCCACCUACGACAGAGGGACGACGAGGUGGUUUUACGUUGUCCAGCCUAUAAUGUUCAUGAGGGUGACAUUGUCGUCUACGAGGAUGCAGCGGGCGCUGAGAUCCUGAGAGCAGCAGCGAGGCAUGGAGAGGCUGUGCAACGGCUGAAACUGCCGGCCACGUCACUGUACGCGGCAAACGCGACGCACCAUCGGUUCUGCCGUGUACAGAGAGUUAAAUCGGAUACUCAAGAGCUUCAGACUGUUUCUCUGACAGAGUUUAUAAUUCACCGUACAGGACAGGAUGCUGACUUGAGUGAGUUUAGAACAGUUGUCCAGUGGAGGUUCUCACAACGUUUUUUGCUUUCUAUGACAUGGAUCUCAACAAAAUGCUUUUCUCCAUGUUGGUUUCGGAGCAGAACUAGUUAUUUGAAAUAGACAACCCUGUGUGUUCCAAGUAAAAUAAAGUGGAUUAACUAUCAGUGGUAAGGAGACGCGAAUUAAUUUGCCAACAUUUGCUAACAGGAUAGGAGAAUCGGGAUCCGUCUUAAGCCAAGUUUCCUAAAACAUGAACUUGACUCUAACUGGUUGAAACUGAUCUGUCAAGCUGCUUGUGCCAGGGAGUUACUAGGCGCCUUCUUCAUGUGAACGCAGAGCUCCUUAAGGGGAAAUUCGGCGAAAUCUUCCAGUAUUUAAAUGCUUCAUUUGACACAUCGAUUGGGACUUUUGCCUCCUUAGAAUUCCGGUAACCUCUUAAACCUGAGACAGACUGAUGUGCCUUACAUAAAGAUACCAAUUCUCCUUACAAAGAAGCACAUCUGGUUACGAUAGUCUUACAUUUAUUAACCUCCAGUCCCCAGUAGUGACGCUAUAACAAAAUGACUCAUAUAGACCACGGUGAAAAGAAGAAUAGGUAUUCUCCUCUUUGAUGCUGUCAGGUUAAUUGCAUAAGAGCUGAUUUGGACGUUGAAGCACUUCUAGCGUGUGCUUCCAGGUUCUCUCCUGUUUUUAAAAAAGUCGACUUUUGUUAUCACAAGUGUCUUCGUCUGACAAAGCUUAGUUCGAAGGCUGUGUUCAUUAACUUGAAUAUUUUUUGAAACUUAAGGUGCUGCCUUCGACUUCUUCAACUACGAUCCCUCGGAAACAAUUGUCCUACUCGUCAAGAGAGGUGACUCCGCCAUUAUCUCCUGUCCAAGAAGGUCCCCAAGGGAAAGGCAAGGAGAAGGGAGGAGAAAGAGUGAGAAGGUGCUUUGGUUCCGCGCGGGUGGAGAGCAACCAAUUUCUUCGACAAAGGACAGUCAGCUGUAUAUCGCCUCUACAGGACCUGAGGAUGUCGGUGUCUACUACUGCGCUUGGAAAGACAGUGCCCAGCGUUCAAGUCCUUUCUUGACUGUUACAAAGUUUAUUUUGAAAGCAGAAGAAGGUAGGUCAUGAAGUGGUGGAACUCCGCCAUUUUUCCAAUAUGAUGUACCUUUCUCCACCCGAGAAAAACAUUGUAACAGGCCCACUUAGCUGCUAAAUUUUCAAUCACUAACUAUCGUUCUUAAAGCCUUGCGUCAUCACUUCCUAUCUGCUGAUUCAGGUCUAACCACAGCCGUCAUGUCUCCUAUAGAAUAACACAGUACGGCGUGAUACAUUUGCAUGUUAGGAAACCUACCAGAUUUAACGAAGACAGACCAAAUAUUUAUGCCUGUGCCCAUCCGUGUUAGUUAGAAUAGGUACAUGCAUGAUACGAAUGCAACCAAAACACAUGUUUAACGUAACUAUAAAAUUGUGGCUACCAUUUUUACCAUAACUGCGUUGUAUACUUUUGACAGCAAUACGCGAGGCUAGAUCAGAAUAGGGUUUGCGUUAUGAUACUCUGUGGGAUCCACAGUUGCUAUGAAGCCCAUGCUAAUUUGCCACAAUGCGAUAGAUGGGGGCCUGAACUUGUACUUUAUUAAUGCACUGUUUUCUUUUUACGACUGUGAAACUAACUCACUCCGACAUUCUCUUGUCUGCGAAAUGGACGUUGCCCGUAAACGCCGAUGUUUCUUCUAGAUGCAAUGCCAGCACGAAUUCCCGCGGAAACUACCGUACUUGGAGACCACUCGAUAAGAUUUACCUGCCAGCAGACGGUUCAGCCAUCUGAUACAAUCAUGUGGGAGAAGUCAGGUGGAAUAGUGCUCCUAAACCACGCUGGAGAAAACAGCAUCAUCCAGAGAUCUACAAUAAAUCCAAACGACAUAUUCUGCUCUGUAGAAGGCCGAAGGCCAGAAAUGCACACAAAGCCGGAAAAUCCCCCGGACCUCCUUCUGCAGCGUCGCCGACGUAACACCGAAGGUAAGAAGGCCUAA